AUGUAUGCCAAAAUAAAACACGCUGAGAAAUUACUAGAUAAUAAAAAUGCGCAUAGUUCUUCAAUUAAAGACAUUGUACCCAAGCAACAUUUACCGUCCAUUGAAGUACCUAAAUUCUCAGAUCAUGAAGUCGAUGAUUUUAUUAAAAUAAGAAAUGGAUAUUAUAUUCCUCAUUUCGCUGUCGAAAAAGAAAGUUCCUCUACGCCUUUACGCGUCGUGUUUGAUGCAUCUGCGAAAAAUUCAGAAUUCACUUCCUUGAACGAAAUUUUGCAUGUUGGUCCUAAAUUACAAACCGACAUUUGUUCAAUCCUUCUAAAUUUUCGUUUCGGGCCUAUAGCAUUAACAGCUGAUAUCAAACAAAUGUAUCGUAAUAUUUGGGUUCGUAAACAAGAUAGAAAAUAUCAAAAAAUCUUAUGGAGACCGUUUCCCGAUGCACCCAUUGGCAUCUAUGAAUUAAAUACCGUAACUUUUGGUCUAUCAUCAUCUCCCUUUCAAGCUAUCAGAACCAUCAAACAACUAUCCCGAGACGAAUGUUCCAAAUAUUCUCAAUCUAUUUCUAGAAUUCUUGAGAACGAUGUCUAUAUUGAUGAUGUGGUUACAAGUAUCGACUCCUUGGAUAGCGCUAAAACCAUUUGCGAGGGUUUGCAGACUGUAUUAUCGUCUGGUGGUUUUGAAUUAAAAAAGUGGGAAUCUAAUAAUUCUAAUCUGCGUAAACUUUUUUCUGAUUCUGAUGUACAAAAUAAACAUUUCUCUAAAUCGGAUUUUCAAAUGGAAUCUUCUACAAAGGUAUUGGGAUUAAAAUGGGAUCCCUUAUCAGAUAAUUUUUCAUUCGAAAUAAAGCUUACGUGGAGAAAAUGGACAAAGAGACAACUUCUUUCAGUAAUAGCGCGAAUCUGGGAUCCUCUGGGUUUUCCUAACUCCGAUAGUUGUUAA